AACACAAAAAAUCUCAGGAAAAAAAAAAACCAAUCUCUCUCUCACUCCUCGAUGUCUGAUCACCAGCUUGAAACAGAGAUCAACUUCUGGGGAGAGACUUCAGAAGAAGACUACUUCAAUCUCAAAGGCAUCAUCGGUUCCAAAUCUUUCUUCACUUCCCCUCGAGGUCUCAACCUCUUCACUCGUUCAUGGCUUCCCUCUUCCUCUUCCCCGCCACGUGGUCUCAUCUUCAUGGUCCAUGGCUAUGGCAAUGACGUCAGCUGGACUUUCCAAUCCACUCCCAUCUUUCUCGCUCAGAUGGGUUUCGCUUGCUUUGCUCUCGACAUUGAAGGUCAUGGCCGAUCUGACGGCGUCCGUGCCUAUGUUCCUUCCGUAGAUCUCGUCGUCGAUGAUAUCAUCUCUUUCUUCAAUUCGAUUAAGCAAAACCCUAAGUUUCAAGGCUUACCUCGGUUUCUCUUCGGAGAAUCAAUGGGUGGAGCGAUUUGUCUUCUGAUCCAUUUCGCUGAUCCGGUAGGGUUCGAUGGAGCGGUUUUGGUUGCUCCCAUGUGUAAAAUCUCUGACAAGGUGAGACCUAAAUGGCCGAUUGAUCAGUUUCUGAUUAUGAUCUCCAGAUUCUUGCCGACUUGGGCGAUUGUUCCGACGGAAGAUCUGUUGGAGAAAUCGAUCAAAGUGGAAGAGAAGAAACCGAUUGCCAAGAGGAAUCCGAUGAGGUACAAUGAGAAACCGAGGUUAGGUACAGUGAUGGAGCUACUUAGGGUUACUGAUUACUUAGGGAAGAAGCUAAAAGAUGUUAGCAUUCCUUUCAUUGUUGUGCACGGAAGUGCAGAUGCUGUGACUGAUCCUGAGGUGAGCAGAGAAUUGUACGAACAUGCUAAGAGCAAAGACAAGACAUUGAAGAUCUAUGAUGGGAUGAUGCAUUCGAUGUUGUUCGGUGAACCCGACGACAACAUUGAGAUUGUUCGUAAAGAUAUUGUUGGUUGGUUGAAUGAUAGAUGUGGUGGUGGAGACAAAACCAAAACCUAGGUUUGAAUUCAUUGUUUGUCUGAUUGUCUCGUUGUUGCUGUAAUGUUUGUAUAGUCAUAUUUUUUUAUCAUGGAACAGUAUUUGGAUUAAGUGACUAGAAAUUGGUGUACAC